AUGGAACUCGAACUCGCGGGAGAGACUCCUAGGAAUCCAGUGCGCAUCGAAGGGGCCGCGUACCCCUCUCAUAAGCGAAACGCAUCCAGCGACGUCCACGGACACUCCUCAACGAGGCUGAAAAUGGCCGAGCCCCCUACCUUCUCAGGCAAAAACAUUAAAGAGUUGCAAACAUUCGAGAUCGAGUGGUCGAUUCGAAACAAGGCUGAUGGGCCUUUCACACCCUCUGAGUGGGUGGAACGUAUCCAGAAAGUAGCCACCUACCUGAAGGGUACGGCCGCGAUCUCAUGGGUGCGACACAAGGAUCCAAUCAAUACUUGGGACGAGUUUAUCGCUUUUUGCAAGGGUAUCAUCUUAGACCCUACGAAUCGUAUGUCAAACGCACUCUUAUCGCUGGCCUUUAAGAAGCAGGGCGAUAACCAGGGAGCGCGAGCAUUCCUGGACGAAGUGGAGGCGCUGGAAAGGGAUAUUCCUGAGCUAUCGGCAGAAGAGCGAGACGCGUGGUUUCUUCUCAACCGUUUACGCCCCGAUAUACGUACGGAGGUCAUGCGCGAGAAUAAGGAGAUCCGUAGCCGAGAGCAGGUCCUCGCGGCAGCACAAAGGCAAGAGGAGCUCUCGCGCCAGAAGACGAGGCAAGAGAGGUCGGAACGAUCUUACACCCCAGGGCGUAGGUCGUCCGGCACCCCAACGCAUACGAAGCGGACCACUGAGCACCGCGUAUCGACGGAGGGCCACCAACGGGAGAAGAAAGACACUACCGAAGAGACCACUUCUAGCAUUAUAUGCUACAAGUGUGGUAGGCCUGGACAUAAGGCCUAUCAAUGCCACCGCAAUAGGCGCAGCGAAAAACAGCGCGAUAAGGACACUACCUCGACUCAACAGGAUAAGUCAAAAAACUAG